AUGGCGACCCCGGGCAUGAGCUGGCAGCAGCACUAUUACGGCGGCUCGGCGGCCAAAUUCGUCCCCUCGCCGGCCGCCGCGCAGCAGGCGGGGCACUGCAUGGAGUACAGCCAGGACCUGCACCUGAAAAUGAGCAAGAAGAUCGCCCAGCUCACCAAGGUAAUAUAUGCUUUGAACACUAAAAAUGAUGAGCAUGAAUCUGCAAUUCAAGCCCUCAAGGAUGCUCAUGAAGAAGAAAUCCAACAAAUUCUUGCAGAAACAAGAGAGAAAAUACUGCAGUAUAAAAGCAGAGUAACCGAGGAGUUAGACCUUAGGAGAAAGAUUCAAGUUUUAGAAGCAUCCUUAGAAGAUCACAUAAAAGUGAAGCAGCAGGCUUUGACAGAAUUUGAGGCUUAUAAGCGUAGGGUGGAGGACAUGCAGCUUUGCGCAGAGGCCCAGCAUGUCCAGCGCAUAGUGACCAUGUCUAGAGAGGUUGAGGAGAUUAGAAGGAGAUUCGAGGAGAGAUUACGGAGUUUUGGACAACUCCAGGUACAGUUUGAAAAAGACAAACGGUUGGCCCUGGAAGACUUGAGAACCGCUCACAGACGGGAGAUCCAGGAGCUGCUGCAGUGCCGGCAGGAUCACAGUGCCUCAGUCAGCAAGGGGCAGGAGAAGGCGGAGGAGCUGCACAGGGUGGAGGUGGAGGCCUUAAACAAGACCCUGGAGGAGCUCAGGCUCGAGCGGAAGCGGCUCAUUGAGGAUUAUGAAGGCAAGUUGCACAAAGCUCAGUCCUUUUAUGAGCAUGAGCUGGAUACUCUGAAAAGGUCACAGCUUUUUACAGCAGAAAGCCUCCAGGCUAGCAAAGAAAAGGAAGCAGAUCUUAGAAAAGAAUUUCAGGGACAAGAAGCCAUUUUGCGAAAAACCAUAGGAAAAUUAAAGACAGAGUUACAGAUGGUACAGGAUGAAGCCGGAAGUCUUCGUGACAAAUGCCAAAAGCUUCAAAUAGCACUGGUUACAGCGGAAAACAACGUUCAGGUUCUUCAAAAACAGCUUGACGAUGCCAAGGAGGGAGAAAUGGCCUUAUUAAGCAGGCACAAGGAGGUGGAAAGUGAGCUGGCAGGAGCCAGAGAACGUUUACAACAACAAGCUUCAGAUCUUGUCCUCAAAGCUAGUCAUAUUGGAAUGCUGCAAGCAACUCAAAUGACCCAGGAGGUUACAAUUAAAGAUCUAGAAUCAGAAAAAUCAAGGGCCAAUGAAAGAUUAUCUCAGCUUGAAGAAGAAAGAGCUUUUCUGCAAAGCAAAACUCAGAGUCUGGAUGAGGAGCAGAAGCAGCGGAUUUUGGACCUGGAGAAGAAAGUAAAUGAGGCAAAGAAAACUCAGCAAGAAUAUUAUGAGAUGGAGCUAAAAAACCUGCAAAGUAGACUGGAAGGGGAGGUGGCUCAGUUGAAUGAGGCCCAUUCUAAGACUUUGGAAGAAUUAGCUUGGAAGCACCACAUGGCAAUUGAGGCUGUCCACAGUAAUGCGAUUAGGGAUAAGAAAAAACUGCAGAUGGAAUUGGAGGAACAACAUAAAAAGGAAAAACUAAACCUGGAAGAGGAUAAAGAUCAGCUUCAACAGGAGCUAGAAAACCUGAAGGAAGAAUUGGAAGACAAACUGGAUUCAGCCAAUCAAGAGAUUGGCCGUCUCCAGGAAAUGGUGAGCAAAAGCGAACAAGGACUUGGCUCUGCCGAAGGACUCAUUGCCAGUCUUCAGGACUCCCAGGAAAGACUUCAGAAUGAGCUUGAUCUGACUAAAGGGAGGCUGAAGGAGACCAAGGAUGCUCUAUCAAAUGUUGAGAGUAAGUUAGAACAAGAGAGGCGACAGCAUGAAGAAACACUGGCUGCCAUGAAAGAAGAGGAGAAAUUACAAGUGGACAAAAUGGCCCGUGACUUAGAGAUGAAAUGGACUGAAAACCUUAGACAAGAGUGUUCCAAACUUCGUGAAGAGUUAAGGCUUCAACAUGAAGAGGAUAAAAAGUCAGCAAUGUCUCAACUUUUGCAGUUAAAAGAGCGAGAGAAAAAUGCAGCCAGGGAUUCAUGGCAGAAGAAAGUAGAAGAUCUCUUAAACCAGAUUUCCCUCCUGAAGCAGAACCUGGAGAUGCAGCUUUCCCAAUCUCAGACCUCCCUGCAGCAGCUGCAAGCCCAGUUUACACAGGAGCGACAGCGACUCACACAGGAGCUGGAAGACUUAGAGGAGCAGCAUCAGCAGCGGCAUAAGUCUUUAACAGACGCGCACGUCCUUGCAUUUCAAACCAUGGAAGAAGAGAAGGAAAAGGAGCAGAGAGCUCUUGAAAGUCAUUUACAACAGAAACAUUCUGCAGAGCUUCAAUCAUUAAAAGAUGCACACAGGGAAUCAAUGGAGGGCUUCCGGAUAGAAAUGGAGCAGGAACUUCAGACACUUCGGUUUGAAUUAGAAGAUGAAGGAAAGGCUAUGCUUGCUUCCUUACGCUCCGAACUAAACCAGCAACAUGCAGCUGCAAUUGAUUUGUUAAGGCAUAAUCAUCAUCAAGAAUUGGCAGCUGCUAAAAUGGAAUUAGAGCGAAGCAUAGACAUCAGCAGAAGACAGAGUAAGGAGCACAUGUGCAGAAUAACAGAUCUACAAGAUGAAGUAAGACACAGAGAGCAUCACAUCUCAGACUUGGACAAGGAGGUGCAGCACCUUCAUGAAAAUAUAAAUGCUCUAACCAAAGAACUGGAAUUUAAGGGAAAAGAAAUUCUCAGAAUACGAAGUGAAUCCAACCAACAGAUGAGGUUGCAUGAACAAGAUUUAAACAAGAGACUUGAAAAAGAGCUGGAUGUCAUGACAGCAGACCACCUCAGAGAGAAAAAUAUCAUGUGGGCAGAUUUUAAUAAGACUAACGAGCUACUCAAGGAAGUAAAUGCAGCUUUACAAGUGUCACUAGAAGAGAUGGAAGAAAAAUAUCUAAUGAGAGAAUCGAAACCAGAAGAUGUACAGAUGAUCGCAGAGUUAAAAGCCAUGCUUACACAAAGAGACCAGGCCAUAAAGAAACUCAUGGAGGAUAAUAAAUUUUAUCAGCUGGAAUUAGUCAAUCGAGAAACUAACUUCAACAAAGUGUUUAAUUCAAGUCCUACGGUUGGUGUUAUUAAUCCACUGAUGAAGCAAAAGAAGAAGAAUGAUAAGUCACCCACAAACAGGUUUGUGAGUGUUCCCAAUCUAAGUGCUCUGGAAUCUGGUGGAGUGGGCAAUGGACAUCCUAACCGCCUGGAUCCCAUUCCUAACUCUCCCGUCCAUGAUAUUGAGUUCAACAACAGCAAACCACUUCCUCAGCCCGUGCCACCCAAAGAGCCCAAGACAUUUCUGAGUCCUCCUCAGAGUGAAGCUUCCCCGGUGGUUUCUCCAGAUCCCCAGCGCCAGGAGUGGUUUGCCCGGUACUUCACAUUCUGA